UCCGUUGCAAUGUUGCCACGAAUUCCGCGACGACCGCGAAUAAUCCUAUGUUUAGGGUUGCCGUGUGCGAAGGUAGGCUGGGUGGCAAGGGUUUUGUUGCCGUGUCCGAAGGAAGGCCGGUGCGAAGGGUCUCUCUCCGGUGGUUGAAGAUCCGGCGGCUCGGGUGCGAAGGAAGGUUGGGUGCCAAGGGUUCCUUAUGUAGAGGAUCCAAAUACUCCGGAAGAAACGUUUUUGACUCUGAUAAGAUAAUAUUUGAGCGUUUGCAAAAGGAAUUUGAUGCUGCAUGCUGCUCAAACUGGAGGUGCAUCCUUUCAAGAGUGAGAAAAGAAAUAGCAAAUCUUGUGACACCCGCCCGACAAAGCUCUUUUUGUCUUGUGUAUUGCCUCAACAUUUUUACCAUGCCUAGGCAAACAUAAAUGUAAGCAUUCACACUUAUUGUCUUCUUUUGUUUUAAAAUCAGGCAAUAUCCCAAUAUCUUCUAAGAUCAAGUCAACGUAGUGAACAGCACAAGGAGUCCAAUAUAGGUGUGGCCUUUUUGCUUCUAAUAAUUUUCCUACAAAAAAAGUUAGAAAACUAGAUAAGUUUAACAUAAAUAAGAAAAAACAUAUUGAUAAAAAAGAAUUAAAUAGAUUCUUACCAGCAAGUACAUUGUUACUUGCACUAUCCAUAACAACUUGAACAAUAUUUGCUUCUCCUACACGCUCCACAAAUCGAUCAAGCAACUGAAAUAUUUUCUCUCCAGUCUUUGCAUAAUUUGAAGCAUCAACCGAUUCGAUGAAAAUUGAACAUUUAGGAGAAUUCGCUAAAAAAUUAAUCAAUGUCCUCUGCCUUUUGUUUGUCCACCAUCUGCCAUCAAACUACAACCAUACUUGGCGCAUUCUGUUUUGCACGACUUAAUGUAAUCAUUUGUCACACUAUCAACAGUUUUUUUUAGAAAAGGAACCCGCAUCUUAUGAUAACUAGGUCUUUUUUAUUAGUACACCAUAAAAGCCAACCAAGUCCAACAUCCUUUUCAAGCUUGAAUAGUUAAUGACAUUAAAAGGAAUUGCCGUAUCAUACAUCCACUUAGUUAUGACCAUACAAGUUUUUUCCCUCAAUUCUUUUUGUAUGCCUCAUUUAUUGUAGUUUGCCUCUACUUUCAACAUUAGGAGCAAAAUACAUAUCAGACCUAUUUGACUUGGCCUUUUUUUGCAUAUUCACUGAUCCAGAACUUGUACUUGUACUUAUAGGCAACACAACUUUAGCUCCAAUAUCAUCCAUAUUAAUAUCAUCACCAAGAGGGUCUACAUCCUCAAAGUCCAAUGUCCCAAGUUUAGAAAGAUUACUUUUCUCCGUCUUUUUCUCCAUGAAAUUUUUUAUUUCUUCACGUACAUGAGGCGGGCAUUUUUUACAAGUUGUAGUAUUUCGAAACUCCCAACAAGAUGUUGUUUUGCACGAUAGAUACUCCUUUUGUAACUUUUUGACAAAAGUUACAAAUUAAACCAUUUUUAUUAUUCGGAUUAACUCUUUGAAAAUAAUUUCAUGUCAGAUCUUUUGAUAUAUAUGUUGAAGUAUCGCUACUAUCUUCCAUGAUAAUUGAACAAGGAAAUAACUUGAAAAAUUAAAAACAAAAUAAAAUUAACACUAUACUAGCAGGCAGCAAUAGAAAAAUACUGUACCAUCAAUAGAAAAACUUGACAAAAACAAAAAAGGAAAACAGAAAAAAAUGGAAAAAUAGGACAAAAAAAAAGUAAAAUCGGACAGCAACAAGAACACUGAACACGAAACAACAAAUUAUGCUUUUGAUUGAAAAAUCUUUAGUUCGCAAAAUAUGCUUCUAUAAGUGAAAAUAAAGAAACAUUACUUUUCUGUAUAAAUGGUAAACUAAAAAAGGAUGGAUUAGUAAAACAAUUUGUACAUAGGGAAAAUUUUCAGUUGCAGCCCAAACAAUGUGAAAACAAAGAAACAUUACUUUCCAGUAUGAGCAAGUAAUAACCAAGUAAAAUAGACAAAUUUUUCAUACCUCUCGCUUAUCAACAGAUGCUCUUUAAAAUAAUCAAGAACCAACCUUACCUCCAUGCAUAAAUUCUAUGAUUUCUUAUGUAGAGUUUGAAGUUUCACGCUGUUACCUUGUUCUAUAAUUUUAUUUUAUUUUUUUUGUGGCAUCUGCAAUCCUAAGGAAAAUUGAACCUUCUACCACAUACGACAAUAGGCCUUCACAUCCUUCUUUUAAAAGUCCUUCAUUUCUGUUUUUCUUCUAUCUUUCAACAUAUCCCAUCGCUACAAGAUCCAGAGCUCUUGAAAGAUAAAGGUCUUCAUCUUGAUAUAUACUAUAUAUAUAUAUAUAUAUAUAUAUAUAUAUAUAUAAUUCUGAUUAUUGAAGAUGGGCUCCAAAUAUUGAGACAAAUUCAGCAUACUCUUAUUCCCAUUUUUGGCUAUGCGUACAACUUCAGCUCCACAUGAUCCACUUUCGUCAGUAGCAACCUCAUCUUAGCUCUCAUACCACAAUGUUGGUAUGAAAAAUAUAUGGGAAAAGAAUAAUACAAUUUGAAAUAAGAUGAAGUAGCAAAGAAGAGACAAAACCAGUUCAGUUUCCUGCUCAAGUAUAUAUAUAUAUUUAUAGGUAAAAGGAUGAAAGCGGGGACUACAUGGACCCACUUUCUCCAAAAGUGGCUACUCACUUUAAUUGUGGUGAGUACAUCUUGACCAAGUAACACUACAUUUACUGCUAAAAAAUAGACACUACUCCUUUAUCCACAUAAUCAAGUGGAGUGGAUAGGUUAGUUAGCAACCACUAAAUAUUUUUGCAUCAAUUGUUUGCAAGUUACAAUAAGUUUUUUUAUAAAUUUCAUUGAUUUCGACAUUAGGGAUGCUAAUUGCGCACCGAUUGACCUUACUCAAACUUCUAAGGUUUAGUUUGACUAAUGAUAAUUGAGCAUGAGCUAAAAUUUGAUACAAUUCAAGCCCAAAUUUGGGUCAUUUAUAUUCAUUGGGCUUGAGCUUUGUUGAGGGUCUUUUACUCAGGAAAUGAGCUUCACUUUAGGCUGAGCUUAUUCUUGAUUUAUUUUGAAAUUUAACUCGAUCAAGCUUGCACCCGACCUUACAAUCCCAACUUUGAUACUCUAUCGAAAUCGUACAUGUUAGUACAGAGGUUUGCAUAUGUCCAUCGAGCUUGUAGGCUUAUAAUAUUGAUAGUGAGUUCAAAGGGCUAUUUAUAACAAUACAUCUGAGAUUAUUUGAGUUAUAUACGAGCUUACAUAUUAGUUUAUUCGAAUGAAUGUAUUCACUGUCUUAUAAAGAAGCUGGUUUACCAUUUUCUUUGUGGAUAGUAAUAUAAGAGAUUUGUCCACCAACUUAAAUGAUUAAUUUUCAAGUUCUGCUCGUUUAGAAUAGUAAGAUAAGAAGCUCUAAUUUAGCCACUGCAGUACUAAAUGAGCUU